AUUGUAUGAACUAAAGUAUUUUUUAUUCCUUCUAAGUGGCCAGAUGGAAAAGGCUACAGUUCAAUUGGAGUGAAGGACAUUUGCAAAGCACAGUUUACUUUAUGUGGAUAAAUCAUAGGUAACUCCUCUGAGAAGAAUCUAAUGGAGACCAUGAAGAUCCCAAAACCAUUUUGCAUAUUUGCAAUUUUUAUGUGUGCUGCUAUUUAUGCUGUAUAUACAAAGUGGAAUUUUGACUACAGAAGAAAAGCUGCUGACAAAGGUUUAGAAAAGCAGCUUGGUGCUGAGGCCCCAAGAAAAGAUGAGGCAGUUCUUUAUGGAAUUAUGUUUGAUGCUGGAAGCACUGGGACUCGAAUACAUGUAUUCCAAUUUGCACAGAAACCAAAAGAACUUCCUAGACUAAUUGAUACCACAUUCAAAGCAUUAAAACCAGGACUCUCUGCAUAUGCUGACAAUGUGGAUAAGAGUGCUCAAGGAAUAAAUGACCUAUUGGCAGUUGCUAAAGAAGCUGUUCCUAUGAAUUCGUGGAAGUCAACUCCCUUAGUUCUUAAAGCAACUGCUGGCUUAAGACUACUGCAGGAAGAAAAGGCACAGAAAUUAUUGGAUAAGGUAAGGGACAUUUUUCAAGAAUCUCCAUUCUUUAUAGGAAGUGAUUGUGUCUCCAUAAUGGAUGGAUCCGAUGAAGGUAUUUCAGCAUGGAUCACAAUCAAUUUUUUAACAGAUAGCUUGGAUAAUCCAACGAAGAAAUGUGUAGGAAUGCUAGAUUUAGGUGGUGGAUCUACUCAAAUCACAUUUCGCCCAAGCACUGAAACAUCUGUGGAGAACUCAACUGCUGAACACAUCACUUCAUUUAAUUUGUUUAAUACCACAUAUAAACUGGAUUCACACAGUUACUUGGGACUUGGAUUAAUGUCGGCAAGACUGGCUAUUUUAGGAGGAGUUGAAGGACAAUCCUUGAAAGAAGGUGAAGAACUAACAAGUUCCUGCUUAUCACUUAAUUAUCAAGGUGAAUGGGAACAUGCCAAGAAACUGUACAAAAUUAAAGGGCAGAAAACAGGAAGGCCUCUUUUUGAAUCAUGUCAUAAUGAAAUAUCAAAAGUGCUCAGCAAGAAAAUUCAUGAGACAGCCAGAAUAAAGGACUUGGAUUUCUAUGCUUUUUCCUACUAUUAUGACUUGGCAGUGGAUGCUGGUUUGAUAGAUAAGGAAAAAGGGGGGAUCCUACCAGUCAGGAAAUUUGAAAGUGCAGCAAGGAAGGUAUGUAAAACAAUGGAGAUUCAACAAGGAAAGCAUCCUUUCUUAUGCAUGGAUCUCACGUAUGUCAGUUUGCUGCUGAAAGAACUGGGCUUUCCAGAGAAUCACAUUCUUAAGCUGGCCCAGAAGAUCAACAACAUUGAAACCAGCUGGGCUUUGGGAGCAAUUCUUCACUACAUUGAUUCACUUCACAUGCUAUAAUAUUAGGGAUUUACUGCGUGGGGAGGUUGGACCUGAUUGGUUCCUUUGAAAAAAGACUAAAAGUAAAAUAUUAUUUUAAAUGUUGGGGUUUUUCACUAAGGGAUGCUGGUGCUUCAGUUUGGUAGCUUUAGGUACCCAAUAUUGUCCUUGGAUCACAAAUAUGUUUUAGCAUCAAGCAAAAUCAGUAACACUUAUUCUGGAAAAGAAUAGGCUAUGACAGCUAAAAUCAGAAGCAUAUCCUAUCCUUUGAUUCAUAAUGAGCAUUUGUUGAUGAUCUUUGGUUUAUUUGAUGUUCUUUAUGAGAAAGCACUUAAUCUUUAGACAGGCCUUUUGCCAUGUUGCAGUAAUCAUAUAAAAGCUAGCAUCAGAAACAAGAACAACUUUUCACUGUACACCUUUGGAUGUUAGGCUGUAGGGAUUCAGAUUUUAAAAUAUGUGAAGAUUAAUUUUUGGCAUUUGUUUAAAAACAUUGUAAUGCUUUGUGAAACUCUUACUGGUAUAUAUUUAGAUUUGCCUUUUGAAAACCAGCUUUUAAUUCUUCAGAGCUUUGGAAGUAGUGAUUUAUUUUGGGGGAGAGAAGCUGGCAAGAUGCCUGUUCUACAACUGAAUUCAGUUGAUGUUUUUGCUUUUUUUUUACUAUAAUUUCUUAUGUGGUAGAUCUAGAAUGUUCAUAAGAGGGCACAUGAGAGUUGUAUGCCAGUCUUCUAUAGACAUUUUGGUAUGUGUAGCCUCCCACAUACAACACAAAGAAAUGGUCUGGCCAAACAUCCUAAUGUGCAAAUGACUUGCAUAAAAAUGUAAGGAUCUAUAACAGUGCUUGUUAAAUUAUGAAGAUGAGCUAAAUAAUUAAAGGCAUAGAACAAGUUUUGUA